AUGCAUUUUAACGCGUUUCACCUUCUGCUACUCGUAGGGACAGGAGGCACUUUUGGUGGCCUUCUAGGGGACGAAGGGAAAGGAAGCAAUAGAAAGGAGGGUGGAUGCUCCAGUUGUGAGUUUGAUGUCCGUGGAGAUGGAAUUGGAAACAAAGGUUUAGUACCAGACACAUCGGACCAAGCUGGUAGUCUAGUGCAAGGACUUGGAAGCGCACCGCAAGGGACUUUCGGAGGUGCUAUUGGAGGUCUUCUCAAUGGCGAAGAAAAAGGACGUCAAGGAAGCAAUAAAAAUGAAGGUAGAUUCACCAGUGGUGGAUCUGAUGUCCGUGAAGAUGGAACUGGAAACGAAGGUUUAGUACCAGACACAUCAAACCAAGCUGGUAGUCUAGUGCAAGGACUUGGAAGCGCACCGCAAGGGACUUUCGGAGGCGCUAUUGGAGGUCUUCUCAGUGGCGAAGAAAAAGGACGUCAAGGAAACAAUAAGAAUGAAGGUGGAUUCCCCAGUGGUGGAUCUGAUGUUCGUGAAGAUGGAACUGGAAAAGGAGACUUAUUACCAGAUAAAUUAGACCAAGCUGGCGGACUAGUGAAAGGACUUGGAAGCGGACUAAAAGGAAUUGAUGGAAAAGCUGUUGGAGAUCUUCUCAGAGGUGAAGGCAAAGGACAUCAAGCAAGAAAUGAAAAAGAAAGCGGCUUCUUCAGCAAUGAAAUUAAUGUCCAUGGGGAAGGAACUCGAAAGGGAGGUUUAAUACCAGACACAUUAGAUGAAGCUGGAGGUCUAGUAAAAGGACUUGGAAGCGGACUGCAGAGGAUUGUUGGAAGCUCUCUUGGAGAUAUUCUUGGAAGCAGGGGAAAAGGACGUCAAGAAAGCAAUACGAAAGGGAGUGGAUCCAUUAAUGGAGAAAUUCAAUUCGAUGGACAUGGAGCUGGAACAGGAAGCUUAUUACCAGAUACAUUAAACCAAGCUGGUGGUUUAGUGCAAGGACUUGGAAACGAAGUUAAAGGGGCUUUACGAGGUGUUCUUGGAGGUCUUCUCGAAGGUGAAGGUAAAGGACCUCAAGAAAGCCACGUGAAGAAAGGUAGCUCCAUCAGUAAUGAAAUUGAUGACCAUCGAGAAGAAACCGUAAAAGGAGGCUUAGUACCAAAUUUAUUAGGUAAUGUAGGUGUUCUAAUGAAGGGAUUAGGAACCGGACUUGGAGGAACUGUCAGCAGUGUUGUUGGAGGUCUUCUCGGAGGCGGAGCUAAUGGAGGUAAAGGAGGAAAGGGAAGCAAUGGGAAAGGAGGUGAAUCUAUAAGUGGUAGAAUUGAUAUCGGUGGACAAGGAGCCGGGAAAGGUUUAGUACCAGAUGCAUUAGACCAAGCUAACGGUCUAGUACAAGGAUUUGGAAGCGGACAUUCAGGAACUGUCAGAGGUGUUUUUGGAGAUCUUCUCGGAGGCAAAGGAAAAUCAGGUAAAGCAGUUGAAGGAGAUAAAGAAAUAAGAGGAAGCUAUGGCAAAGGAGGUGGAUUCAUCAGUAGUCGGAUUGAUGGAGUUGGGUCCACUGGUGGUGGAGCUGGUGUCGGACUACAACUUGGUGCUAAUAAUGUAAUCUAA